AUGGUUCUUAAAUCGGUGGCAGUCCUCUGGAUGUGUAUACAGGCUGCAUUUUCCGCGAAAAAUGUGCUCUUUUUCGCGGCAGAUGACAUGAGACCGGAACUGACGUGCUAUGAAGGGCCGGACUUUCCGUCGCCCGUGCACCCGCCGAUGCACACGCCGAACCUGGACGCGCUCGCGGCCCAGAGCCUUCUGCUGAAGAGGGCGUACGUUGAGCAGGCUCUCUGCUCCCCGAGUCGCACAGCCCUUCUCACCGGAAGGCGACCGGACACCACGCACGUGUACGACCUCGUGAACUACUUCCGGAAGGUCGGUGGGAACUUCACCACCAUACCGGAGUUCUUUAAAAUCAACGGAUACGUGUCCGCAGGAAUGGGCAAGAUAUUUCACCCCGGGGUGGCCAGUGGUCACGACGACCCGAUAUCCUGGUCUCUUCCAUAUUACCACGCGACAAUAUACUGGGAAACUAACGACAACAGCUGGAGAGCGAUUCCCGAUGAAGAUCUCCAGGCAAAACCUCUUGUGGACUUCCAAAUUAAAGAACAAGCGCUAAAAACCCUGCGGAGUUUCUCCAAGGGUGGAGCAUACGAAGGUUCUCCGUUCUUCGUGGCUGUCGGAUUCCACCGACCGCAUUUGCCGUUCGUUUUUCCCGAAUCAUUCAUGCAGUAUUACCCAAACAACAGCAUCCGUUUACCUGAUAAUGAGUACGCACCAGAUGGCAUGCCCGAUGUCGCUUGGAGUGAUUACGGUGAACUAAGAAACUAUGGGGAUCAAGCUAAACUUCACGCUUCCGGUAAGAUCAAUACGUCACUUCCGGAUGAUGACGUCAGAGCACUACGUCGGGCGUACUACAGUGCUCUUAGCUGGACAGAUUCUCUGAUUGGCGAGGUUCUGAGCGAACUUAAAACCCUGGGAUUUGAUAAUAACACAAUAGUCUCGUUUUGGGGGGACCACGGCUGGCAGCUAGGCGAGCAUGGCGAGUGGUGUAAGCACACAAACUUUGAACUCGCAACGCAUGCGCCGAUGAUGGUACACAUACCCGGACUGACUGACAACGGCAUUGUGACAGAACAAUUGACUGAGUUCGUCGACUUAUUUCCGACUCUUGUGGAAGCGGCUGGGCUGGGAACCAUGCCACUGUGUCCGGAUGUAUCAAAGGACGUGCAGCUAUGUCGCGAGGGUGAGAGCCUCAUGCCGCUCAUUAAGAACCCGUCGGGACCGUGGAAAGACGCAGCGUUCUCCCAGUAUCCACGGGAUCAGGACAACACCAAAAUCAUGGGCUACACCAUACGGACUGACCAGUACCGGUACACAGAGUGGCCGAAGUUCACGUACGCUCCCGAAUACAAGCCGGACUGGACCAAGCUGUUUGGGGUGGAGUUGUACGACCAUAAGAUUGACCCGGAGGAGAACAAGAACAGGGCGAAAGAUCCUGGGUACGAAUCGAUUGCGGCCGAACUAAGUAAGAAGCUGCGAGCCGGAUGGAGACAAUCGCUACCCCCAAACCAAGGCCUUUAG